AUGCCAUCCUCGCCGCAGACCCCCAGACACUCCCGGAACUCCUCGGCCUUCGAUAGCUACUCAGGCUCUCCCCAAGCCCGAAGACUCUCCAAGUCGUCGGUACAAGACCCCUCUCCGUUCCGAAACAGCUUCACCCAACAAGAUGCUGUCGAGAUGACCGGGAAUGGGAUGGGCAAUUUGGCCGAUGAGUUAGCCGAUGCCUUCUCGGAUUCGGGAGACGAAGGUGACUUCACGGACGGUGAUGCCAAUAGCGAAAUGCUUGGGCCUGGAGGGGACGCACACGGCCCCGAGUAUGCAGAUGAGAUGGAGGAUACGGAAGGCACCAGCAGCCCCAAGAAGCAAGAGGCUGAUCGAGCGAGAGUUGCAAAUCUUACACUUCUUUCCCCACGGCGGAAACACCAAAGGCAAACCAGCAAUUACGAUGGUAGUGAAUAUGGGUCGGAGUCGGAUUUGGAUUCUCCUGGCAUGCCACCUGGCUUGGUGUCCAAAAUGGAUGCUGUGGAGUCGCUGGCCCGCAGAGGAACAGAAAACUACGGCGGCCCGGCGGAUGAUGUGUUCAAGAGAGUGACAAACGCAUUGCGGGAUCUCGGCUCUCAGUCGAGCGUUGAGGCUAGCGCAUCAAGGUUGAUAACGGCGCACUCAGCUUUGACGACACAUUUGACUCACCAGACUCGUCAGAUUCACAACCUCUCUUUCCCUUUACUAUCUCCUCUCGUUGCACCCCCAGAUCCCGAGACUAUUGACGAUUUGAUACCACUGUUACUGAAUCUGUCUGAUACUAUGCCACGCCCGUCGACAACAGCCUUCAACUCAUUGACGAGUCUCCAUUCCCUAACGACUGAGCUCGUGCAAACCCUGAAUUACCUCUCCGAUACACUGCACAUGUCUCGCCAGACAACUACAAUGGCCACAAGGAGAUUGAAAAGUGCCAAGGAGAUCGUGUCUGAAAUGAGAAAAGAAGAAGAGCUCAGAGAAGAAGGUGAGCGAUGGCUUACAAGAGGUAACUGGGGUGAACGGUUGGAGAAAAGAGAAUGCGCAGGAGUAUGUGGGGACGUUAUUGGAGGAUUCGAGGAGGUUUGCAAUGGAUGGCGAGAGAGGCUGCUCGCGCAAGCUGAGGCUCAAGCAUGA